AUGCCACCGCCCCUCUGCCGGUUGGGGGCAGUGGCACUUGUGCUCGGGUCCUUCCUCACCGCGACAACCCACGCCAGAGAGUCCACCUACAUCUCCGGUACAUCUCUCGAUGGAGUCACAACCUCGUUGGCGGUCGACCGCACGCCUGCGCUCUACACUGGCGACUUUGGUGAUUGUUUAGGCGGACAGAGCUUGCUUAAUGUGACAAAGUUCGAUGCAGCCUUUUAUUAUGACAAUUCUACCAUCUUGUUCCACCUCGAUGGCACAACCAGCCUGAAGAGCGAAGCAUUAAUGAUGUAUAUUUCCGUAGAAGCAUACGGCCAAACGAGGUUCACCAUGACGUUUGAUCCAUGCCUCGUCAACAUUUACAGCUUGUGCCCCAUGAACGCCACUGUUCCUAUCACCGCCUUCGCCCUCUUUCAGGUUGGACAACAGCAGAUGUCAGGCAUUCCCCAGAUUGCCUAUGAGAUACCCGACUUCGAGGGCUAUUUUCGACUGCAGCUACUCUCAAAUUCGAGUCAGACUGAAAUUGGAUGCUUCCAAGCUGUCAUGAGAAAUGGUGCAACCUUUUCUCACCCAAAGGCCAUCAGCUCCAUUCUCGCCGUCUUCACAGCUACCGCUCUGGCCGCCUCUUUUGCGACUGCCGCGUACGGUGUGAGCAUACCUCACAUGAGGACUCACUACGCACAUUCGUUUUCGGUUCUAGUUGUGUUCGAAACGUUCCAGUCAGUUUUCUUCUCGGGGGCUCUGUCAUUAAACUGGCCCAGUGUGUUAUCCGCUUGGUGGUCCAAUUUUGCUUGGGCAGCAGGUCUUAUACCAACGGCGGGCAUGCUACACUCCAUCGAUUCUUUUGCUGGCGUGAACGGUAACGCAAGCCAAGUUGGGGGUGCAGGUUCGACCAUUAUCAACAAUAAUGGGGGUGGAUUGGCUCAACAAAUUUACGGCCGAUCGCCAGUGGCCGAUGUGCUGGGCAGUCUCCGUAAACGAUCCCACGAACUCGUAGGACGGAGCGUCCAACUGAUGAAGCGCCAACCAUUCAACGCAAGCGACCCUUACGAUUACAAUUGGAAUGGCGACCCGGUCAAGCCUGGAAUGCCUAUCCCCGGAGAUUGGAGUGGGUUCGCCGGAACUCUAUCCGAGCUCAGAAUCCCCUCUCCUGACGCAUUCAUGAUCAGCUUUGUGUGGCUGCUAAUUGCGCUUGUUGCCGUGGCUUUCGCCGUAGUGUUGCUCAAAAUUUCCCUUGAGGCUUUGGCCAGGUUGAAAUGGAUCAAAGAGGACCGCCUCGUAUACUUUCGAGGUCACUGGAAAGGCUAUGUCACUACGUCACUACUACGAGUUGCAUUCAUAUCCUUCUUCACCAUGUGUGUCCUGGCAAUGUUUCAAUUCAAUCACGCUGGAAGAAUAGGUCCCACUGUCAUUGCAGCGAUUGUAUUUGCAGCCUUCACAUUGGGCCUUGGUGGAAUCGGUGCAUACGCAUUGCGUUCUCGUCUACGAUUUGGAAAAUUUGCCAUGGAACCGGAUCGCAUCCAGUUUCAUCGUGGUCACAUUUUGGGCUGCGUACCAUGGUUCGUGCCGAUUCGAAUGAGCCAGUUACGAGAACAGGAGUUUUCGCAAAGGCCACUGGGUUCAAUCCCAUUUGUGCGCUGGCACUUUGUCGAUGAUCAACCCGACAGAACAAGAGUCCAUCAAGAUCAGCCGUAUAUCAGACGCUUUGGUUGGCUCUUUGCACGCUACCGCUUAUCGCGAUGGUGGUACUUCAUCUUUUGGAUGGCCUACCAGUUCGUUCGAGCAUGCUUUAUUGGCGGAGCAACAACUAAUCCAAUUGCACAAGUCUUUGGCCUUUUCAUUGUCGACAUUAUAUCUCUUGUCGUUAUUGCGACCAUCAGCCCAUACGAAGGACAGCGAAAUACUGUGAUUGCCGUCUGGUUGUUGGGGAUCAGUAAAGUCGUCACAACAGGUCUUUCCGUCGCCUUCUUGCCCGACUUCAACCUCGAUCGUAUCUCGGCAACCGUUGUUGGCGUUGUCAUCAUUGUGAUCCAAGCCCUUCUAGUAAUUGCUCUUUUGAUCAUGAUUGUUUUGAGUGGCAUCUCCUCCUGGAUGUCGCUCACAAGAAAUCGUGAAUACUUUCCAUCUGAGCGACUCGAGGGUAUUAGGAUCAGAUACUUUGAGCAUAUAGAAGCAAAAGCUUUGGAUAAGAGAGCACCUCUGGAGGAAAGGACUAGGUCCAAGAGAAGCUCAUCCGAGAGUGAAGUGAAGGUACCGCCAGCAGAACCUAACUUCUCCGUGGCCAAUGUUCGACGCAUUUCAAAGAUUGAAGACGAGUACGACGACUACUUCCCGGAUUUGGAGCCACACGCUGGAGUACAUUCUACGUUCAGCCCCCGGCCUAUCAACCGAACCAGCCGCACAAAUAGUGUUAGUUCGCGGCAUUCAGUCAGUAGCUUGCCACGCGCCGCCCGUGGACAUCGUGCUUCUUGGAGCUCGAGAGACUUCACACCAUGGACAGAGCUGGAGCGGCCGGGCACGGCGCUGGCCAAUCGGUUGAGUGGAGGUCAUACCCCAGAUCACUCGACUACAAACGUGACCGGAGUCUUGAAAAAGCAGGUAUCAGUCGCAAGCCUGAGAGCUGCUGAGAUACCUAUCCCUGAAAGUCGGCCAACGACAGCAUCAGAAGAUACGGUGAAAAUUGCCCAAACAGAGGAUGAAACAAAACCAGAACCCAAUAUCAAUGGAGCUGAAAAGUCUGAGGCUUUUUAA